CGAGAUAAAUCCGUUCCCCGCGAAACAAAUAGUAACGCUGUGCCAAUUAAUUUACGAACAAACUUCGCUCGACACUCCCACAGUGUCAUUGGUGCCGGUACGCCCAAGCGGAAGUGUCAGUGGUAGAGCAGGUGAAGUGGCAUCCGCAGCUUCACGCUCUCGCUAGGAGCUGUUGAGAAAUGUGGAAAAAGCAAGCCUCCGUGUGCUGGCUCGUUAGUGUCUACGUCCUGUGUCAGUCCGUUGCAACGGAGGGUAACCAAGUGCGGGAGGAAUACUUCAGUCGCGGUAGCAACGGGACACUUUCCUGCGCUACGUCCGAAAAUCAAAAUAUCGUAUGGCACAAGGAUGGUGCAAACAUUACCAAUCCAAGAAUUACGUUUCAGAUCGUAGACAGCGGCGCGCCGGUUCGGAAAUGGUCAUUUGUAGUGCCCGACGAAGAUAAAACCGAUGAAGCAAACGCUCCGAAACUGUACUUCACUCUGACGAUACACAAUUUUACCACAACCGACGAAGGCAACUACACCUGCUACAAUCUGGAAAAUGGUCUCAACGUGUCGUACAACGUGCGCACCGUAAUCCUACCAAAGAUCACCAAAACAAGCGACGAAAGAAUUAGAACUAAGACGACCAGCAUCCUGGAGCUGUACUGCGUCAUCGAGGCGUAUCCACUAUCGUACUUUAACAGUUCCAUCUACUGGCUCAAAGAGGAUGCUUCGGGCGAUAACAGUCAGCGAGCGUUGGCCAGCAACGUUAACAGGCGCUUCAUCGACGAGCGUCAUCUCAACACCACACUCACGCUUCGCGAUCUCACCAAGGCGCACAAUGGGACGUACUCGUGCAUCGUGCCGCAAUCGGCACAGCUGCAGGAGGACUACGGUGAAGUAAAGCGAUCGAUGGCCCUGCUGAUUCUCGACGUGCCCCAAGUGACGAUCGACUACGCGAAGGCGGUCGGCGCCAACAAGAUCUAUCUCAAUUGGACCGUGAACGACGGGAACGAUCCGAUCAAAAGCUAUAUCGUGCGAUAUCUGAAAACGGGUGAUCAAACGCAGACGUACUACCGUGAGCAAAUCGGUGCGAAUAAUUCGUUCUACGUUCUGGACGGAUUCGAGCCCGGAACGGACUACAAGAUCAGUUUGGGUGCCUCGAACAGCCAGGGCCAGGGAAAGUUUCAUGAGUACAGCGAAACAAUUCGGACGCUCGACACCGAUCCGAGCUUCACUCCGAUGGUGGAGGUCAAAGGGAGUACGCACUCGACGAUCACAAUCGGAUGGACACCGCCACCGGCCAACCUCACCGAUUACAUCCAAUACUACGAACUGGUCGUUUCGCUAGCCGGCGUCAAUGCGUCCAUCAUGAAGAAGGAAGCGUUUCAUCCGCAAAACAGUCGGAACCUUCCGUACAUGUUCGACAACCUGGCGACGGCCACGGAGUACACCUUCCGUGUGCGAGCCUGCAGUGAGCUGACGAAAAUUUGCGGCAAUUGGUCGGAUCCGGUCAACGGCACGACCAGUGAUGGGCAAGCAUCGCAACCGCGCAACCUACAGAUCACCUGCUCACACCACAACAUCUCGCGGCGCAAUUUCGUGCGUGUCCGCUGGGAAACGCCCGAGUCGCCGAACGGUAAGAUCAUAUCGUACCAAACGAUCCUCAGCGGAGUAUCCCACUUUCGCUCGGAGUACGGUGUAAUGAAGAACGAAAUCUGGGGUCCAAAGAUCAAGAACAUUCUGCAGAACGUGCUCUACACCGAGUACGACAAUGUGCCGCCGAACACAAACUAUACGGUCAACGUGACGGCGCAUACUCGAACGAAGCGACCCGGUGUGGUGGCGUCGGCCAGCUGCACCAUGCCGGCAACCACUCCCGACCAUCUGGGGCGCAUGAUCUGGGGUAAACUGCGCACGGAGGAUGACAAUUGGAUCUUCAAGCUGUUCCUUCCGCGGCUCUCGGAGCGAAACGGUCCAAUCUGUUGCUACAAAGUGUACCUAACGCGCAUUCACAUGCACCAUAAUGGAUCACUGCCAAGCCCGGAGAAUGCACCGAUCAGUAGCUACGCCGAGGUACACUCGAUCAAUAAUACGCGCGGUGGCACGUACCUAGCGGAGGUGUUUGCUAGUGCAUUCAACUACACGGAGGUGUUUCUAGGCGACGGAAAGAAUUCUCCCUCCGUCGGACUAUGUCCGCAAUGUUUACAGAUGCGGCAUCGUAUCACUUACGAUGCAGAACGAUCAUCUGCAACGACGGUUUCUCCUACCACUGAUGAUGAUACUGCUCCGUCCGAUGUCACUGUUCUGCCUGGCGGUAGAACUGGCAAUGAAGCCGUUCCACUUGAGGAUGAACGAAAGGCAUCAUCGAAUCACGAGAAGCGUGAUACAAUGAGCAGCAUGAAAACAAUCGCACAGCUGGAAACAGUCUUUGACGGAGUUCUCGAUCCAUUCAGCAACUAUACCGGAUUCGUGGAAGUUGUUGUUAAAACGGACACCGGUGACGAUGGUCGGGACUAUGUGUCGACCUACAGCGAAUACUUCCAGGAGAUGAACGCUGGAGCACCACCGGAGAGUGAUGCCGACAGGGACGAGCUCUCUUUUAUACUGAAAAUCGUUAUUCAGGUAUUGCUCGCCUUGAUCGUGGUGGUGCUGGUCGUGCUGCUGGUGCUUUGCUUCCUGCAUAGACACUUUAGCAACAACAUUGCCCAAGAAGGGGAAGCCAUCAGCCUGGGCGAUUCAUUGAGACGCGCCCUGUGCAAUGGUGGCCGCGGUGUUAAUGCUCAUCAUCGUCAUUUGCUCGGUUCCAGCAGUGCGAAACCACCGGUUCUGCCACCGAUCGCGAAAGAGGACGUACCGAAGGCGUACAAUGACAAGCACAAGGACUCGGACUACGGCUUCCAGCACGAGUUUGAGCUGCUGCCGGAUAAGUUCCUCGAUCGUACGACGAAAAACUCCGACAUGAAGGAGAACAUGCCGAAAAACCGCUACCCGGACAUCAAGGCGUACGAUCAGACGCGCGUCAAGCUGAUGCCACUGAAUGGGCUGGCCGGGUCGGACUACAUCAAUGCGAACUUCGUCAUCGGCUACAAGGAGCGGAAGAAGUUCAUCUGUGCCCAGGGACCGAUGGACGCGACGAUCAACGACUUUUGGCGCAUGAUCUGGGAGCAGCACCUGGAGAUUAUCGUGAUGCUGACGAAUCUGGAGGAGUACAACAAGACAAAGUGCGCCAAAUAUUGGCCGGAGGGUACGAACGACUCGAUACAGUACGGCGAGCUGCUGAUCACGUUCCAUUCGAUCACUUACUAUGCGGAUUACAUCGUACGCACGCUGAAGGUUACCAAACGUUCAGCUAGCUCCGGCGAGGAAACAUGUCGUGAGAUAAGUCAGUAUCAUUAUUUGGCCUGGAAAGACUUUAUGGCUCCUGAGCAUCCGCAAGGCAUCACGAAGUUCAUCAAUCGUAUCAACUCGGAGUAUUCGCUGCAGCGCGGGCCGAUCCUCGUCCACUGCAGUGCUGGCGUUGGGCGAACGGGUACCUUCGUGGCGCUGGACACCCUCUCACAGCAGCUACAAGAGGAGGGUCAAGUGUCCAUCUUCAACACCAUUUGUGAUAUGCGCUAUCAAAGAAAUUUUCUCGUACAGUCACUGAAACAAUACAUCUUUUUGUACCGAGCUCUGGCCGAGUUGGCGUACUUCGGAGACACGGAGAUCGAUCAGAAAUCGUUGGCCAGUACCAUCGAAAAUCUGAAGCAACCAUCGUCGGAGAAUCCCGAAAUAUCUCGACUUGAACUGCAAUUCCAACGCCUUAAGGCAUUCCAAGAUGACACGCGGCGAACCACGACGAUGGGCUCGAGCGAUGAGAACAAGGCAAAGAACCGAUCCGAUGCGUGCAUUCCGUACGACAAAAAUCGCGUCAUUCUAGCACCGAUUCCGGGCCGGGACAAUUGCACCUACAUCAACGCGUCGUUCGUCGAUGGGUACGAUGAGGAGAACAAUUUCAUCGUCACGCAGGACCCGAUGGAGGAGACGAUCUUUGACUUCUGGCGCAUGAUAUUCGAACAGCGUGUCAAAACGAUCGUUAUGUUUUCCGAGAUUGGUGAUGGGCCCAAUAAGUGCCCCCGCUAUUGGGCCGACGAGGAGAUGAAGUACGAAAAUCUGCUCGUUUCGUACAUCCAAAGCGAAAGCGGGCCAUACUACACGAAGCGCGAGUUCACCGUUACUAACUGCAAGACGAACGACACCAUCCAUGUAACGCAGUUCCAGUACAACGGUUGGCCCACGGUGGAAGGUGAGGUACCGGAGGUGACGCGUGGCAUGAUCGAGAUCGUCAACCAGGCGCAAAAGCAUAGCUCCCAGCAGCAGGAUAUCUUCACGAUUGCCGUUCACUGCAGUCUCGGGACGGACAAAAGUUCCCUUUUCGUUGCCAUGUGUAUAUUAGUGAUGCAGCUGAAGACGGAAAAACGCGUCGACAUUUGCACGGUCGUGCGGAAACUUCGCGCACAACGUAGUCUAAUGAUACAGACAUAUGCACAAUAUGAGUUCUUACAUAGGGCCAUUGUAAAUUUUGCCGAUCUGUAUAAAAUAUCGCUAGGCAUCGCAAACGAUUGUUGAUAAGAGUGAGUUACAGUGACGGUUCAGCUCGAUGUAGCAAUUAUUGGAAACACAUUAUUAAGUAAUAAUUUACACCGAAAACAGAACAAAAUAAUAUACGUACGGUAUGAAGACGACGCUUGAAUGGGUGUGUGUAGCGUGCAAGGAGUGUGGAAAUGGAAAACGGUAAACAGAACGUGUCUCUCUUAUAUACUCCACCUUCCAGGAAUGCGUAGAAAGGGAAAACCUGGAGAACACACAAGAACAAACGAAUGCGAACAGAGAGUAAAGGCUUAUUAUCGGGGAAUCGGUUUGACCAACGCGAACAAGUUCCAGUAAGAUUAAGUAAGAAGGUAACAGUACAUACCGGAUAUGCACAAUCUCGAACACAAUCGGAAGUUAGGGCAAGGUGAGCGGCACUUGCGAAAGAAGCACCCCCUCCUUCCCCUCCCAUAGCCACUGGAGUCAGUGUGCAGCGAACUGGAGGCCAUAGAAAGCCGACCCAUUUUUGGAACAUUUUAUGUGAAGAAUGACAAUUAGGAUUAACUCUUUUCUAUACCGAAACAUACACUGAAACCACGCGAUACAUGGAACCAACCAACCGAACGUUUAGAGCAGAUUAGAUGCAGACAGGCAGAGGGAAAGAAGGAGGUACAUGAGUAUUGUGAAGCUUUUCAACUAGUUUGCUGCUGAUGUUGCCUGUAUCCUGCGCAAUUCGGGCCGAAAACAAAAUUAGAGCGGCCCUUAGGCGAACUCAGAAGGGAGGGAAGCAGGGAACCGAGCAAACCAAUAAGCCUAGCACCUGAUGGCGAUUGUGUGCCAUUAUUUUGUUGUUAUAGUUUUGUGUUUUCGAUUUACGGUUUACAAUUGUAAAGGGAAACAAAUGAAAGAUUUGUUUCAUGGUCGACUUAAUUCUAGUAUCAGUUCGAACGCAAGUUGUCCGCGCCGGAACAGUAGUAACAUUGAAUUUGUUUUGUCAGUGCAUCGUCUUGUUCGUUGCAGUAUUAUCAAUAAACGAGUAUUUCUCACCCCAUUCAGGUGCUGAACUUUUUGGGAGAAGCCUUCGGUUCCCCAAUCCUUCGAUCCGUUUAGGCAAAAGCAGCUUGUUGCAAUGUGCGCUUGCUUAUCGCCACGCAAGUCAUGCAUGCUUUUCCCCGCGCGGGACCAGCUGAUCGGUUCCGAGGAAAGUUUAGUUUAAGUGACAAUCGUCUUUUGUUUGUUUUUCGGUGUGAUCAGCCAUCACGCACAUCAAUCACACACGGUACAUACAAACAUACAUGCAUACUACCCUCCUACAUACCAUACACACGGUUCGCAUAAGUUAUAUCGGAUAGGCAUAAUAGAACGAAUCUAGCGAGUCUAGGCGGCGGGUGCGUUGGGUAGGGGUACGUCCCGGUCUCUUCGGUUAAGUUCAUCGAUACAUUCUUCAUACCCUAAGUCAACAUUGUAUUGUGGAUCGCAAAAAAAAAGAAACAACAAAAAACAUUUGCCAUGGCACUCGAAUGCAACUA